ACAGCAUUAGAAAAAGAAGCGAACAAAAAAAUACAUAAAACGUACAACCUCACUACUGACUUUUCUCUUUGACAUUUAUUAAUUUAUAAUAAAUCUUGUAACUUUCGUAGGGGGCUGCGUCAACUUCUACGUCCACCAUUAUGUCUCAUCCCGAACCAUCUCAACCAAUCCACGCCGUUAAGGCAUCUCAAAUUCAACCAUCGGGAGCGCAGACAGAGGGAAUGACUCGUUCCAAUGCGAUAGUUGAUAAGUGCGAUGGUAUAUGCGCCACCAGUAUGCUUGCAAGACCACAUACGGCCUCGGCAGUCCAUCAUCACGGGGAACAAGACACAAUAGUCUACGCCGUCAAGGGACGCGGCACCGUGGUUAGCGAAGGAGGAAAGAAAAGGGUAGACUUGGAACCCGGGGAUUUCGCUCUUAUCCCUGCGUAUAUGGAACAUCAAGAAGUCAACGAUAGCGACGAGGACAUCAUCUGGACCAUCGUGCGCAGCGGGAGGAUCCCAGACGUGGUGAAUCUUACCGACUGGAACGGGGAACCCGUCAAGGCAUAGGUUAGGUUCUAGGAACGGAUCCGAUGAAGCAUGCGCCUUUUAGUCGCAAGUCGUAUAUAUCAGCAAAAAACCCAAUACAUGUCCAUUUAUUGUGUAUAUAUGCGACCGAGAUAAACACGCCACUUCACCUAACAUUCGCUCAACCCCUUAACUCCGUAUCUGGUUUCCUUUGAACGUCUGUCUGUCUGUCCCUCUAAUCUCUCUCUCCCUCUCCCUUCCUCUCUCUAUCAGCCCCUCCCGCCGUUGUAAUCCGCACCUCCGGCUCUCCGCAACCUAGCCACGAUGUCCGCCUCGUUCAGGUCGCUGAGCUCGCGGGCGUCGAUCUGCACGCUGUGGUGGCUCAGCACCCUCUUGACGUUGCCGCUCUCGAUGGACACGCGGGCCUUGCGCAUCACCUUGACGUUUUCUCCGAUCCACACGAUGAGCACGAACUUGACACGCUUGCUCUCCGAGUCGUUGUU